UCAGAAUGUGUUAGCAUGUUUUCCAUGUGAUCGUUCGUGUUAUCGCUAAAUGAUUUAAAGCACCUUUCCCUUAUCUCAUGAGAUUUUUAUAAUUUCCGUUCAUUCAGAAUCGAACGUGUUCCUAUUAAUUGCAAUUUGAAAAUUGUAAAGAUUAGCAAGAAAGAAGGAAAUAAACUUUGGAAUGGUUAAAUCAAAUAGUGCAAAAGCCAAUGUGUUAUACAAAGUUUGCGUACUAAAAAUAGAAAAUGCCAGGCACACUGACAUAUCCAAUUUAUGCCGAUGUUGAACCAUCAGUUCCAAGACGUCGUGCUUAUACAUGGAAUUCUCAACAACGAUCAACAUCUCAUGUAACAGAUUUGACAUCACGUGCUGGACGAUUAUCCUUAACAGAUAAUGUGAGAGAUGAGGGUACGCGCAAGUUGAGGUUAAAGGUGAUUGCGGGACAUCACCUUGCAAAAAAGGAUAUCUUUGGUGCAAGUGAUCCUUAUGUCCGCGUAGACUUAAAUACUAUAAAUGGAGAUCAGACUGUAGAUUCUGCACUUACAAAAACUAAAAAGAAGACUUUAAAUCCUAUUUGGGAAGAAGAAUUUAUAUUUAGAGUUAAGCCUGUUGAUCAUAAGCUAGUAUUACAAGUUUUUGACGAAAAUAGAUUGACAAGGGAUGAUUUUCUUGGGAUGGUAGAAUUAACACUACUUAAUUUACCUAAGGAACAAGAGGGUCGUACAAUUCCUGCUAGAAUCUAUAUUCUUCGACCACGUAGUAAUCAUUCCAGUCAGCGAUCAAGAGUUAAAGGAACAUUGGAGAUAUAUCAUGCAUAUAUUUCUGAUUCAACAACUACGGAGAAUGAAGAUGGAGAUGCAUCUGAUUCAGGAGGAUGGGAGCUAGUACAGCCAGAAAAUAAUAGUCCUGUAGAACAAGCUGCAGAAAUCCAUAUGCCUAAUGGACCAUUACCCCCAGGAUGGGAAGAAAGACAAGAUGCUAAUGGAAGAACAUACUAUGUCAAUCACAUUGCUCGGUUUACACAAUGGGAGCGCCCAACAGAUACAAAUACAUCUUCUACUGGAAACAUAACAGAACAACGUAAUUUGGAUACGGCAGCAACAGAAUUUCAACGACGUUUCCACAUUAGUGCAGAUGAAGAAAAUAGACACCGAAGUUCAGUUAUUAAUCAGGAUGGUGAAGUUCUACGCGAAGAAGAUGAAGAUUCAGAAGCAAGAGAUAGUGAGGGUAGGAUUCAUAGGGAAGGGGGUAUUGGGGAUACUUCCUCAGAGUCUGGACAUUCUGUUGAUCUACGUGGCUACCAAAGUGAAUGUGAAGAUCAGAGUGAUAAUGUUGAUAGUCCAGCUGGUUCAAGACGAUCAUCAGAGCAGAUCGACAGUCCAAAACCUACACUUUCUGUAUGUGAGGAAGGUUUGCCACCUGGUUGGGGUAUGCAAAUAGCUCCCAAUGGUCGUGUAUUUUUUAUUGAUCACAAUGAAAGAGCAACAACAUGGAUUGAUCCAAGAACAGGCAGACCAAGUUCUAUACCUAAUCACAUUGCACCAUCAACUACACCAAGAAGCGAUUUAGAUCAACUUGGACCUCUUCCAGAAGGCUGGGAAGAAAGAGUACAUACAGAUGGACGAAUAUUUUUUAUAGAUCACAACACUAGGACAACUCAAUGGGAAGAUCCACGUAUGUCUAAUCCACAAAUCGCUGGUCCAGCUGUACCAUACUCCAGAGAUUACAAGCGUAAAUAUGAAUAUUUGAAGUCUCAAUUGAGAAAACCGAACAAUGUUCCUAACAAAUUUGAAAUAAAAGUUGGAAGGAACAACAUUUUGGAAGACUCAUAUCGUAUUAUAAGUUCUGUGAAUAGAGUGGAGAUUCUAAAAACAAAACUAUGGGUAGAAUUUGAAGGAGAAGUAGGUUUAGAUUAUGGGGGUCUUGCAAGAGAAUGGUUUUUCCUUUUAUCUAAAGAAAUGUUUAACCCAUAUUAUGGUCUUUUUGAAUAUUCCGCUACAGACAACUAUACUCUUCAAAUCAAUCCAUUCUCUGGAGUAUGCAAUGAGGAACAUUUGAAUUACUUUAAAUUCAUUGGGCGUAUAGCUGGCAUGGCAGUAUAUCAUGGCAAACUUUUGGAUGCAUUCUUUAUUCGACCAUUUUAUAAAAUGAUGUUGGGAAAGUCUAUCGAUUUGAAAGAUAUGGAAAGUGUUGAUUCUGAGUACUAUAAUUCGUUGUUAUGGAUUAAAGAGAAUGAUCCAAGUGAAUUAGAACUUACAUUUUCCGUUGACGAAGAAAGCUUUGGACAUACAUCACAGAGAGAGCUUAAGCCAGAUGGUGCUAAUAUAUCAUUAACGGACGAAAACAAAGAUGAGUAUAUAAGUUUAGUUAUUCAAUGGAGAUUUGUAUCGCGCGUGCAAGAACAAAUGAACGCAUUCUUAGAAGGAUUUAAUGCACUAAUACCACCAACGCUAGUGAAAAUAUUCGAUGAACAUGAAUUGGAAUUAUUGAUGUGUGGUAUCCAACAUAUUGAUGUAAAAGACUGGAAGCAAAAUACAUUAUACAAAGGAGAUUAUCAUGCAAAUCAUAUUGUAGUCCAAUGGUUUUGGAGAGUCGUUCUUUCAUUUACUAAUGAAAUGAGAUCGAGACUUUUACAAUUUGUGACUGGUACUUCACGGGUUCCAAUGAAUGGCUUCAAAGAACUUUAUGGAAGCAAUGGACCACAGUUAUUUACAAUUGAAAAGUGGGGUACGCCGGAUAAUUAUCCAAGAGCACAUACUUGUUUUAAUCGUAUUGAUCUUCCACCUUACGAAAGUUAUCAACAGCUCAGGGAUAAGUUAAUAAAAGCUAUUGAAGGUUCUCAAGGUUUUGCUGGAGUCGAUUAGCACGAAAUACCCCUAUUCAUGCUGAUUCUGUAAUAUAAUAUACAUAUGUAUAUAUAUAUAACACGCAUAAGUACACAGCGAUGUAUACCGACUUGACAUUAUUGACUAUUUAACACAAUUAAUAUUUUCCUGCACUAUAAAAAUUUAGUUGAGUAUGACAACGAGAUAAAGUAUAAAAUACAUACAUUGCUUAGGUUUUACGAACGACAUGGACAAAAUUUGAAACAUUAUUAUUUUCUAUAAAAUAUGUUUCUCCAUUGGCGAAAUUUUGCAUGAUUUUAAAUGGAUAUGACGUGUAAUAUAAAUUAAUGACCGUGUAAAACUAAUAACCGUGUUUGUUCGUUCAGUACUAUAGAAAGUUUUAGUCUUUAUCGAUACAAGUAUUUCAGCAAAUUUAUUUUAAGUUAAUACGGCCCGGCUACUAUACGAUGGAAAAUAAUAGUGUGAUAUUAAUUUUGUAAAUAAAUUUAUAAUAAGGUAAUUAAUCUAUUAGUUAAGAUGUCCAUCGCUAAAUUAUGCGAUCAUUUAAAAAUGAGGAAAUAUUAGAAAAGUGUCAAACUUUUAGUAGAUUGAUUUUGUUUAGGAUUAUUAAUUUUCCUUAAUUCGUUAAAUUAACAAUAAUAUUAUCGGUCAUGAGUAAAAUAUAGCCAUAUUCUUAUAAAGUGAAGCUAUAUACAAUUAAUAAAUGUGAAAAGUUUAAAUACAAAUGUACAGAAAAAAGCAGGAAGGCUAGAAUAAUUUUUAUUAAUGAUGUCGUUAGAAAGAAAUUUAGACAAAAUCGUAUAAUUAAAAAUGACGAGGAUUUAAAAGUUAUAUUGAGUUGUGAUUUUAUUAAUACAUGUCAUUUUGCAAUUUUGUUUUAUAGAAGAUGACAUAUAGAUAAUUUGACCUUAUAUUUCAAAUGUAUAACACGUACUACUUAAAACACAUGGCACGUUAAAAUAUUACGUAGCACAUAAUAUUAAUAUUUUGCUUUGUAUCUCGUUCUUUUUAAUAAUGUUAGCAGUAAACACAAUUAAUGUUUACUCAAUUAGUUGAUUGUACAUAAUUUAGUAUAAUUAAGAUACAAGAUAUAUGGCAAAACUACAUUAAAACUUUUAACUGUUUGUAAACGUCGACAAUAUUCUAAAAGAACAGACAAUUGAUUUUAUCAAAAAUGAGAUGAAUAUAUAAUAUUAUCGCCGAUGCACUAGAAUCAGCAAUAAUGGCAAGUUAAGCGUUGUGGAUAAAUGCCUACUCUGUAUUAUAAUACGUAUCCAUAGAGUAUAAUAAGUAUCCUAGGAGAUAUUUAAUAUACGAAGUUGACUACACAUUCCAUCCUAUUUGUACAGCUUAUUUUUUUUAAACGAAUACGUCCCUUUUAGAUGAUAAACAUCCUUAUGUAACAACGUAACAUUUUGUGGCCUUAAAUUCCGAUUAUGAUAUUUCUUAUCGUAGUACAUUUCUGAUUAUAAAUGUUAAAUUUAUAUUACUAUAAAGAAUAAGAAUCGUUUGAUCUAAUUAAAUACAUUCGUUUGAAAUAUUAUUUUCAAAUGCGUCUGGCAAGAAAAGAUAUCGUGCAUUACUGUGAACGUGUGAAUUUAAAUCAUAAUAAAUAGGUGUUACUUUUGAAAAGUAACAAUCCUGUGAUAGAUCAUACAUAACGUUGAACCUUUGAAUUUAAUUUUAAAUAUAAAACAGUAUUAUUUCUUAUAUGAAUAGCAAUAUCCUGAUUUUACGAAUUCAUUGAGAAACCACGACGAUCCUCCUUAAUAUUAACUACAACACGAUCGAGUAUAAUAUUAAUACUGUAGAUUCUUUUUCUUUAUAUAAGCUAACAUCUAAUAGAAUCGAAAAUGGAUCAUUAUUAAUAUUAUGACAGUAAUGCAUGGAUACUUUAUUGCUGUAAACAUUAAAAAAUAUUAUAUUUAUGUAAGGUAUAUCUAAUCGUAUUAAUGUAUAUAUCGUAGUCUCAUAUAAGCAGUCUUAUUCAGAGUAUAGCAUUUUUUAAAGAAAUCCCGCAGAUAGAUGUAAGUUAGAAGCUGUUUAGUCCAUUCGACUUAAAAGAGCGACGUUAUCAAUGGCUAUUUUAAGCUAUCACGAGUUUGUUAAUGUUUAUUCGUUUCUUUUUUCUUUUUUUAGCAAAAUUUUUACCGACGAAGCUUUGACAAAAAAAAAAAAAAACAAAAAAAAACAAAAAAAAAACAAAAAGAAUAAUCCAAGCUUUGACGUUUACUUUGUAUCAAAAAAAAAAAAAAAAAAAAAAAAAGGAAAAAAAAAGAAAAAGAGAAAAAAUCGUAACUGAAGAAAAAUAAUCGAUAAAAUAAUUAUCAUUUAUUGUUAUUAUUAUUGUUUUGUCUAAUCAAUAUAGUCAUAUCCAAUAUGGCGUUGUGUAUUCUUAAGAAAAAAGGAGACUUAACUUUUUUCUUAAUAUAAGACAGGUUCGAUAUUUCAUACAUAAUAGAUACAACAGACACAGCUACACAAUUUAUUUACAUUCUUACAUUCGUAUGUCGGCUGAAAAGUACGACUUAAUCGAAAUGACACUUGUAUUCCUUUAUUAUUUCAUAUGUAAAUAUAAAGAAAAAGAAAGAAAAAAAAAUAUAUGUGAAAGAAAUACGACGCUGUAAUAUAUUAAUUAUUAAUUAUUAUUAAAAACACUUAUAUAUCUCUUCAUUUUACUUGUAAUUAAAGGAUUAUUAAUGCUAAUGUGCUUGUAAGACCAUAUGUUACGAUUGGUAGACGAUAAUUAACACAAAACAUUUGAGCAUAAAUAUCAGGAGGAACGAGGGACGACGAAGAGAGAGGAUCGAACAUCUAGGCGAUGGUGUAUAAUUAAUGAAUUAAUUAAAUAAUUAAUCGAAUUAAGGAUUAAGAAAGAAAUCUUAUGUUCUUAUAACGAUAUUAUGGAAGAACCCGACUAUAUAUGCAAAUAAAUUAUAUUAAAAAGUUA